UGGGAGAUCAUGAGCGCAUAUCGGAAUAAUGCCUAUGUCAUUCUUCUGUCACGUUUGAUCAAUCAGUCCCGAUGGAGCCCUUUAAGUUCACGAGCACAGUGUUUAAUGCUGUGAUCGAUGAUUAUUAGUGAGGAAUCGUUGCUGAUUAUCGGAGGAGUGAGUAUUGAUCACUCUGUGCUGACAUGGAUCUUCAGGUGAUUGUGUGGCUGUUCUACUGCAUUCUGCUGCCCACCACGCUAUUAACAGCUUGUCUUUUUCGCUACAAUGUCCUGUCAUUGGUUUACUUCCUCUACGUGCUGCUUCUGCCGUGGUUCCUGUGUCCCAACAAACACACUAUCAGAGGUCACACGGGCCGCUUCAUCAGAGCAGUAUUUUGUACAAGUCUACUGUUUGUACUGGCUCACAUCUGCUUCCAGACGGUACUCUACACCUAUCCUCCUCUCAGCGUAGCCAUUGGAGAUAACUGCUCACAAUGGGACAGCAUAAGCAGACAUAUAGGACUGUCCAGGCUUCCCUUGGAUGAUCCUUGGAGUGUGUCACGCCUCGUGUGUCCUGACCUGGGGGUCUGUGUGGUUGCCUUGGUAACCACAGUCCUCUGCAGCAGAUUGGUGAAGAACAGAGAAAUGGUGGCUGCUGCCAACAUUACAACACUAGAAGAUGAUCCAGCAGACAAAACUACAGAAGAUGAAGAGGAGGCAGUGUCAGGAGAUGAAGAUGAAGAAGAGAGGUCAUCACCUGGUGACCCUGAUGAAGAAGUUUCAACAGCAACCAAAGCCAAGCAGCUGGCUGAGCGUCUGAAGGCCACUGCCAGGAGAGCUCUGCGGGACCUGGGGAGAAUCCUGGCCAUCAGCCUGCUGGCUUUAGCUGGCAUCACACAGCCCUCGGCCUUCUCAGCCAUCUACUUCCUGCUUUUCAUUGGUGUGUGCACAUGGUGGGCAUAUCACCUUCCCAUCAGUCAUCUGGGUUUUAAUGCACUGUGUGUGAUGGUGGGCUUCUUUACUGCUGGUCACAUGGUUUGUCUGUACCUAUACCAGUGUCUGCUGGCCCAGGCCCUGUUCCCUCCACACAGUCUGUGGGCCAGGCUCUUUGGUCUGAAGGACAUCAUCAUACCAGGAAACUGCUCCUCACCCUAUGACCUCAACUUGAAUGCUGAUCAUGACUGGCCGGUUUAUGUCAACCCAGGAAUACUGUUCUUCCUCUACAUUACCAUAACAACUGUUCUCAAGACAGGAUGUCAUGGAACACCUCACCAGGUUGAAGAGGAGCAGCUGGUGAAAAGGGAGGAAUCAAAGGAGGAGAUGGUGGAGUUAAGGACAUGGAAUCAACAGAAAGACAAUUAUGAUGAUGACACACAGCUAAUUCUUCUAUCUAUGGGAACAGAGAGUAGCAGAGGAGGACCUGUGGCUGAAGAGAGUAAACCAGACCUGGGUGUUAGUGGAACUCCCAGUGGCCAACAGAAAAGUGAAAGUCCAUUUUUCCUGCUGGGAAGGGUGGUCAUGCAACAGAGCUAUGUCUGUGCUCUCAUUGCAAUGAUGGUUUGGAGCAUCACAUACCACAGUUGGCUGACCUUUGUGCUGCUUCUGUGGGCUUGUCUCAUUUGGAUCCUACGGGCCAGACGGCAUGCAGCCACACUGUGUUCUCCGUUCAUCCUGCUCUACGGCCUGGCUCUGUGUUGUCUGCAGUACAUCUGGGCCAUGGAGCUUCAACCUGAACUUCCCACCACUGUGGGAACCAUGAGCCUCAGACAGCUGGGACUAGACAGAGCACAGUACCCCUGCCUAAGACUAGGAGCUAUGCUUCUGUUCACUUUAACCUUUUGGCUGUUGGUACGUCAGUCAGUGAAGGAAAACUUCAGCAGGAAGAGGAAAAUGACCAUACAACUACAGGAAGUCACUACAGGAGAAGAUGGUGCAGCUAAUGAAUCAGUGCUGAAGGUUCUGGGAGGAAUGGUGAUGAGCUCAUAUGCUAAAUACUGGAUCUACGUGUGUGGAGGGAUGUUCAUCAUGGUCUCCUUUGCUGGAAAACUAGUUGGAUACAAGAUCAUCUACAUGCUGCUGUUCUUGCUCUGCCUGUGUCUCUAUCAGGUGUACUACCCUCUGUGGAGGCGUCUGUUGAAGCUCUUUUGGUGGCUAGUUGUGGCCUACACCAUGUUGGUGCUGAUCUCCAUAUACACUUACCAGUUUGAAGACUUCCCUGGAUACUGGAGAAACUUCACUGGUUUCACUGAACAACAGCUGGCAGCAAUUGGUCUGGAGACGUUUGCCCUGUCUGAGCUCUUCAGUAGUAUUCUGAUCCCUGGCUUCUUCCUGCUGGCUUGUAUUCUGCAGCUGCACUACUUCCACAAACCCUUCAUGAGAAUCACUGACCUGGAGCAUGUUACACCUAUACACAGGAAGAAAAACAGUGAGAAGACUGAGCUGCUUGGCUCGAGUGAUGUGGCUGUGAACUCUGGAGAGGAAGACCUGGUGAUAAACACAGAUGAUGAAUCUGAGGAUGAAGUGGAGUUGAUGCCCAGUAAAUGGGGUCUGGUGAUGGACAGGUUACUGGUUCUGUCCAGAAGGUUCUCUGACAAUCUCACCAGGGUUCAAGUGUUUCUCUGGAGGCUUCUGGAGCUCCAUAUACUAAAGAUGGUGUCCUUCUUCGCUGUGUGGGUUGCACUUGAGGAGCCAUCUGUGAUGAACCUGGUCCUGGUGGUGUUGUGGUCUCUUGCGAUGCCAUACGGUCGCUUCAGGCCCAUGGCUUCCUGUCUGUCUACUGUCUGGGUGUGUGUCAUCAUAGUGUGUAAGAUGCUGUACCAGCUCAGUGUUGUCAACCCUGCUGAGUACUCCAGCAACUGUACCAUGCCUAUAAAAAAUGAAACCAACCUGCCAGAACAGGAAAUGAUGAACUCCUCUCUGUAUAAGAACCCAGUGGAUCCAGCCAAAUGGUUUGGCAUUAGGAAAGAUGCCACUGUCCUGGGUUACAGCAAGAACCAUUUACUAGUGCUGAUGUUGUUGGUGUUUGAGGCGACAGUGUAUCGACACCAGGCUCAUCACUACCGUCAGCUCCAACGAUCUCCUCCAACCAUCCCUGCUCUGUUCCCUGCUGCCACCAGGGACACACUAGACCAGGGUUUAAUACUCUGCCUCAAGUACCUGCUCAACUACACCUUCUACAAGUUUGGAUUAGAGAUUUGCUUUCUGAUGACUGUGAAUGUGAUUGGCCAGCGGAUGAACUUCCCAGUGAUUAUCCAUGGCUGUUGGUUGGUAGCCAUCGUGGUGAGGCGCCGGCGGGCAGCUAUUGCCAAGAUCUGGCCAAAAUAUUGUCUCUUCCUGUCCAUCUUCAUGAUCUACCAGUAUAUACUGUGUGUGGGCAUGCCACCUGCUCUCUGUAUAGACUACCCAUGGAGAUGGAAGACUUCAGUUUUGAUGAACUCGGCUCUCAUUAAAUGGAUCUAUCUGCCAGACUUCUACACUGUGCCUAACUCCAAAAACCUCAUAGCGGACUUUGUGCUGCUGAUGUGUGCGUCCCAGCAGUGGAAGGUGUUUGAAAAUGAGCACAUAGAAGAGUGGAUGGUAGCAGCAGGAGAAAACACAGACGAUCCUGAACCAAUGGAGGGUCGGUUGUUUAACCCUGCGCCCAACUUCAUCAACUGCAGGAGUUACCUGGACAUGGCUAAAGUUCUGGUAUUUCGUCACCUCUUCUGGUUUGUGCUGUCAGUGGUCUUCAUCACCGGAGCCACCAGGAUCUCUGUGUUUGGGUUGGGCUACCUUCUAGCUUGCUUCUUUUUCCUGCUGUUUGGGACCAGACUAUUGGUCAAAACAUCCAGGACCCGCCUCGCCCUGUGGGACUGUCUCAUCAUCUAUAAUGUGGCAGUCAUUAUAUCUAAAAAUAUGUUAUCAAUCCUGGCAUGUGUGUUUGUGUUGGAGAUGCAGAAGGGCUUCUGUUGGGUGAUCCAACUCUUCAGUCUGGUUUGUACAGUCAAAGGAUACUAUGACCCAAAUACAGUGAGUGACAGAACAUGUAGUCUCCCAGUAGAAGAAGCUGGGAUCAUCUGGGACAGUAUCUGUUUUCUCUUCCUGCUGCUGCAGAGGAGGGUCUUCCUCAGUUUUUACUUCCUGCAUGUGAGGGCAGAGCUGCAGGCUUCUGCCAAACAGGCCUCCAGAGGGUUUGAGCUCUUCAGAGCCAGUAUCAAGAAGAAUAUUAAGUUCCACCAACAAGCUGAGAAGAAAUCUCUGUCACAGCUCAAGAGAUCGAUGCAGAGAAUUCGCUCCAAGCAGCAGAAGUACCGAGACGGACACAAGACAAGUCAAGAAUCAGAUGAGAGUCAGAGUGCUGAAAUCGAUACAGACAAGAAAAUGUCUGGGAAGAAAAAGUGGUAUCAACCGUGGCUGGACCAUGCAACAGUGCUCCACUCAGGAGAGUACUACCUGUUUGAAUCAGACAGUGAGGAUGAAGAGGAAAUGCAGUCUGAAGAACAGAAGCCUCAGAAACAGACCGCCUGUCAGUUGGCGUACCAGGCGUGGGUGUCCAACGUGAAAACAGCUCUGAAAGAACGUCAGAAACGCCAGAGACAGUUAAGGAGGACUGAGAGAAAAGAGAAAGAGGGAGAAGAACAAGCAUCUUCACAACAGGAGUCUUGUUCUGUGAUAGGUUGUGGGGACAAUGAUGUGUUUGAGGACCAUGUAAUCCAGGAGGAGGUGGAGGAGCCAGAGGAGAAGCAGUCUGGUCAUGGUGAGAUGGUCCAGAGGAUCUUGGAUAUCCUGCGUUUCUUAUGGGCCAUAGUUCUGGCCAUGGUGGAUGGACUAACUCAGUGGCUCAACCUGCUGACUAAACAGUACAGAGAGACAUCUACUGUUCUGUGCAAUGAACGCUACUUCAUCAUACACAAGAUACAGCAGCAGCAUCAUACAACAGCAGACUCCACAGAUGAGCAGUUAUCUCAGGGCAGUGAGAGUCCCACACUGGAGACCUGUUUGGAUGAGACUGACGCAGAAAACUCCACCAGAUACAGCUGGGCGGGUGGAGGGGGUCUGGAGGAGGGUUCCACUGUGCCCGACAGAACGGUCCCCAACAUCCUGAACAGGCGGGGGGUAAGGUGCGGGUCCCUGGACGAGGAGACACAAUGGCUGGCUGGUCGGGGUGUUGCCGAUGAAAGUUGGUCACAAGGGUGGAGUCAAGGAUAUGGCGAGCAGGAACCCAGGACCUUUCCUCCGGACCAUAACCCUCCCAGUCCACAAGGUACUGAAGACCUCUACCACGCCGACGAGAGCGAAUCAGGCGCCUCACUGUAUACACCGGACCACCAUCGACGAUAUGUGGAGGGGGAGGUGCUGGUGCUUGAGGGACCAAGGGACUGCUCUAGCAGGAACUGGACGAGGCAGAGGAACCCGCUUGAGCCCCAGCUGAGGGACCACCUCCUCAUCAAUGAUGCAGACAUCGGCCCCAGAGUCAAUGAAAAUAGCCAAGGUGUGGGGCCCAUCCGGGAGCAGAAGACGGCCUUGGAACAGAGGUCUCUGGCUUUGGGGAGAAUAAGCACAGCAGGUCAGAGGAUGGCAGCAGAGAACCAGGUCCAGGUGAGCAUGGCAGGUAAGGGGAAACUCACUGCUAAUGGAAGUCCCGCUGGAGAAGUGAAGCUGAUCAGCUGCCUGGAGGUGGAUAGCAGGGGUGCAGCAGGUCGUUCUACCCCCAGGCCAAGGCUCCACAGCACUGAGAACCUCUUGAUUGAGGACCCCACACUCAGCAGCAUGGAGAUAGUACCAGACCCUUCCCAACAACAAAGCAGACAUUCCAGAACAGCCAGUGAGCUGCUGGGAGACAGGCAGUUCUUCAUUGAGGAGCUGGAACAGAGCAGAGAGUUCUACAACACCCAGAGCCGUCUGCUGAAGCUGCUGUUUGCCAUGUACAACCUGCUAGCAGCCAACUCUGAGCUAGUUUGCUAUUUCAUCAUAGUGUUAAACAAUGUGGUCAGUGCCUCAGUGAUCUCACUGGUGCUGCCUAUAAUGGUGUUUCUGUGGGCUAUGUUGGCUGUCCCAAGACCAACCAAGAAGUUCUGGAUGACUGCUAUAGUAUACACAGAGGUGAUGGUGGUGGUAAAAUACCUUUUCCAGUUUGGAUUCUUCCCCUGGAACAGUGUUUAUGAGAUGACUCUAAAUGAAGACAAGCCUUAUUUCCCACCUCGUAUCCUGGGCCUGGAGAAGACUGACAACUACAUCAGAUAUGAUCUUCUUCAGCUGCUGGCUUUGUUCUUCCAUAGAUCACUGCUCAUGCGUUAUGGCCUGUGGGACCACGAGGGCCCUCUGGAGGAGCAAAGUCCCUCACAAGAGAGUUGUAAGGAUGAAGAAAAGAUGAGAGAAGGAGAUGUAGAUGGAGUGAACAAAGAGAAGGAGGGCAGAAGCAGCUCAACAUCAACCCUGGAAAACCUGGAAGUGACUGAUUUGGACCAGCUUGAAAAGAAUAACGUGGACUCUGCUGAACCAAGCACCAGCUCUGCUGCUAGUCCACAACCCUCUGCAGCUGAACCAACAGCAGCACAGGAUGGACAGGAAACUCUGCCUGCAGUGAAGGACAUGUCAGAUCCUCCCAGCAGCCUGACAGUGGACAAAAUAGAAGGAGACAAAGAGGAGGUGAUAGAGGAAGCCCCAAAGAAGAGCAGCACCAUUCGCUUCCGUAGGAAACCUAAACAACCCAAAAAACAACGCAGCAAAGACUCCACAUCUGAGACUGCAGAUUCUAGUAAAGAAGCAACAAAGAAGCAGAAAGGCAGGAGGAGAGAGGCAGCCAGUCAGAGACUGCUGGCUGCAGGACAAAAGAUCAAACAUGUCUGCAUCUCAGGUGUUCAAAGUGUGUACAGGCCAGCUCAGGGUUUCUUCAGAGACAUUGUCCAUGCUGAGUACAGAGCUGCCACUGAUGUCUAUGCACUCAUGUUUCUGACUGAUGUCAUCGACUUCAUCAUCAUCAUCUUUGGCUUUUGGGCUUUUGGGAAACACAGUGCAGCAGCUGAUAUAGCCUCCAGCCUAUCAGAGGACCAGGUUCCUGAAGCCUUCCUGGUUAUGCUACUCAUCCAGUUCAGCACCAUGAUCAUUGAUAGAGCCUUGUACCUGCGCAAGGCUGUGCUGGGAAAACUCAUCUUUCAGGUGAUCCUUGUGUUUGGGAUCCACAUCUGGAUGUUCUUCAUCCUGCCUGCUGUCACUGAAAGGAUGUUCAAUCAGAACUUUGUGGCCCAGCUCUGGUACUUUGUCAAGUGUAUUUACUUUGGCCUGUCAGCUUAUCAGAUCCGCUGUGGAUACCCCACUCGCAUUCUGGGUAACUUCCUCACCAAGAAAUACAACCACCUCAACCUGUUCCUCUUCCAAGGGUUUCGCCUGGUGCCAUUCCUGGUGGAGCUGCGAGCAGUGAUGGACUGGGUUUGGACUGACACCACUCUGUCUCUGUCCAACUGGAUGUGUGUGGAGGACAUUUAUGCUAACAUCUUCAUCAUCAAAUGCAGCCGUGAGACAGAGAAGAAAUACCCGCAGCCUAAAGGCCAAAAGAAGAAGAAGAUAGUGAAAUAUGGAAUGGGUGGACUCAUCAUCUUCUUCUUGAUCUGCAUCAUAUGGUUCCCCCUUCUCUUCAUUUCAUUGGUCAGAUCAGUGGUGGGUGUCGUCAACCACCCCAUUGACGUCACAGUGACUGUCAAGCUGGGAGGAUAUGAGCCCCUGUUCACCAUGAGUGUGCAGCAGCAGUCCAUCAAGCCCUUCACAGAGGCUGAAUAUAAUAACCUCACCAAAGAGUUUGGAGACAAUGCGGUAGCCAUGCAGUUCAUCACUCUCUACAAUUAUGACGACAUUGUGACAGCCAUGAUUGAGGGCAGCUCUGGAUCAGUGUGGAGGAUCAGCCCCCCCAGCAGACAGGAAGUUAUUAAAGAGCUGCUUGGAAGCCCUGUCGACUUAACACUACGUUUAGCCUGGAACUUUCAAAGGGACCUGGGUAAAGGAGGCACUGUGGAACACACUUUUGAAAGACACUCUAUUGACCUGGAACCUGGGAACCCAGUCAGAGCAGAUCUAGCCUCACUACUGGUCGGCAAUCGCACUACACCUGUGCUUAUUCCUAAUAUGUUUCCUAACUACAUCCGUGCCCCCAAUGGAGCUGAGGCCAAACCAGUCAGUCAACUAUCAGGUAAUGAAGAUGGUUACUUGGAUAUAACCCUGUCCCUGAAGAGUGACAGGACAUUGAACAGCAGUGGGAACCAAGAGUGGUGGGACAUUGCCAUCGCAGGCUGUAAACAGUCCUCAUGUGGGGUUCUACCCAUGGUCAUAUUCAAUGACAAAGUCAGUCCACCAAGCCUGGGCUUCCUGGCUGGAUACGGGAUCAUGGGUUUGUAUGUGUCUGUGGUUCUAGUCAUUGGAAAGUUUGUACGAGGCUUCUUCAGUGAGAUCUCCCACUCCAUUAUGUUUGAGGAGCUUCCCUGUGUGGACCGCAUCCUGAAGCUCUGCACAGACAUCUUCCUGGUACGUGAGACAGGAGAGCUUGAGCUGGAAGAGGAACUUUAUUCCAAACUGAUCUUCCUGUACAGAUCUCCAGAGACUAUGAUCAAAUGGACCAGAGACAUCCACAAUCAAGACAGAUAUUGACUGACUGACUGAUUAUUGUUUGUUGUAAUAGAAUACAGUGAAAUCUAAAGUAGACUGCAAAGAUGUGCAACAACAGCACAUGAAAGGCUUCUUGAGAACACUCUUUACCAGAGUGAAUAUUGACUUACAGCCAAGAAGACACAUGAAAGGAGAUGUACCCUAACAAACAUACUGUAUGAAGCGUCUCCUGUUGCUGGACGCAUUCUUCACAGCUGCAUGAGCACUUUCAUCAAAACAUUUAAACUACAGACUAUUGAGAGUGGAAUGACUGUUCCAGUGUGUGUGUGUUGACUGAAGGCAGCUGAAUGUCUGUCCUGUAGGAUUGAACACUACGCCCAUGGAAGGCAAAAAUUGGUUGAAUUGAGUUGUGUUUGUUAAUGGUCAGAGGUUGAAGAUCACACAGGAGACACAUUAUUACUGCUCUCUGUUUGAGCCACGAAUGAAGGACGUGUGGCUAAAAAAUGUAAACUGAUAGUAGGU